CCCUCAGCUCAGCGCACAAGGUCGUGUCCCGGAAGUGAAGGGGCCAUGUUGCUGGGUGACCCGGGGAGAGGUACCGGGCGAGAGGCGAGUCCCGAGGAGUCGUAGCGCGGCCCGCGGGUUCCUCAGCUUAAAUGGGAUCAUGGAUGACAAAGCACUUUACAGAGGCGAACACUGUUCCCGAAAGAGGACGGGGGCAGCUUGUGUGGAACUAGAUCCGCUCCCUGAGCACUUACACGCCAGGCUCGGGGGCACCAGUCACCGCGAUCCGGUGUAGAUGGAGCCUUGCUUGACGCCCAGCACCUGCCAGUCCCCCAUGGCCCCGUGGAGCCGAGAGGCGGUGUUGAGUCUCUACCGGGCUCUGCUGCGCCAGGGCCGAGAGCUUCGCUACACGGACCGGGACUUCUAUCUCGCCUCCAUCCGCCGUGAGCAAUGGCAGGCGCUGGUGAGCGCAAAGGCAAGAAGGAUGACAAUGGCAUCGGCACAGCCAUUGAUUUUGUGCUCUCCAAUGCCCGGCUGGUGCUGGGGGUGGGCGGAGCGGCCAUGCUGGGCAUCGCUACGCUGGCGGUUAAGCGGUAUAAUCCAGAAUAACACGAAGAUGUACGACAGGGCGAUCAGUGCCCCGACCAGCCCCACCCGCCUGGGCCACUCGGGGAAAAGGAGCUGGGAAGAGCCAAACUGGAUGGGCUCCCCGCGACUGCUGAACAGGGACAUGAAGACAGGCCUGAGCCGGUCCCUGCAGACCCUUCCCACAGACUCCUCGGCCUUUGACGCAGAUACAUUCUGCCCACCCCAGCCCAAGCCACUGGCCAGGAAGGGCCAGGUAGACUUGAAGAAGUCACGGCUCCGCAUGUCCCUGCAGGAGAAACUCCUUUCUUACUACCGGAACCGGGCUGCCAUCCCUGCCGGUGAGCAGGCUCGGGCCAAGCAAGCUGCCGUGGACAUAUGUGCUGAGCUCCGGGGCUUCCUGCGGGCCAAGCUGCCUGACAUGCCACUUCGGGACAUGUACCUGAGUGGCAGCCUCUAUGACGACCUGCAGGUGGUGACAGCCGACCACAUCCAACUCAUCGUGCCCCUUGUUCUGGAGCAGAACCUGUGGUCGUGUAUUCCCGGCGAGGACACCAUCAUGAACGUCCCCGGCUUCUUCCUGGUUCGCCGCGAGAACCCAGAGUACUUUCCUCGUGGGAGCAGUUACUGGGACCGCUGUGUCGUGGGCGGCUACCUCUCCCCAAAGGCGGUGGCAGACACGUUUGAGAAGGUAGUGGCUGGCUCCAUCAAUUGGCCGGCCAUAGGGUCUCUCCUGGACUAUGUGAUCCGCCCGGCACCGCCGCCAGAGGCCUUGACUCUGGAAGUGCAGUAUGAGCGCGACAAACAUCUUGUCAUUGACUUCUUGCCAUCGGUGACUCUCGGUGACACUGUCCUGGUGGCCAGACCACACCGGCUAGCCCAGUAUGACAACCUGUGGCGGCUGAGCCUGCGUCCUGCUGAGACGGCGCGCCUGUGGGCUUUGGACCAGGCCGACUCGGGCUGCCGAUCUCUGUGCCUCAAGAUCCUCAAGGCCAUAUGCAAGUCCACUCCAGCUCUGGGCCACCUCACUGCCAGCCAGCUCACGAAUGUCAUCCUCCACUUGGCCCAGGAGGAGGCUGACUGGUCUCCAGAUAUGCUGGCCGAUCGGUUCCUGCAGGCUUUGAGGGGACUCAUCAGGUACCUAGAGGCCGGAGUCCUGCCCAGCGCCCUGAACCCCAAGGUGAACUUAUUUGCUGAGCUCACCCCUGAAGAAAUAGACGAAUUGGGAUACACUCUCUAUUGCUCAUUGUCUGAGCCAGAGGUGCUGCUGCAGACGUAGGGCAGGUGAGGGCCAAAGGGGUGCUGGGCAGUCAGGCCCUGGAUUCUCUGUUAGAAACACGGCUCUAGAGAUGGCGCCUCACAGGGUCCCUAGGUGCCUCCCGUCCUGCUGUCCAUCGCCCUGGUCACUUCAUGCUGAUUAGAAUGACAUCUCUUAAAUCUCCUAUUUUCUCAAACCCAACCCUUUCUAUUUUUGUUACCAAACACUGUGCUCCCUCCUCCUCCUCUACCCCUCGCUCCAGGCUAAUUUUGCUGGAAUGAACUGACCAGGUGGAGCACCGGCCUGAGCUGUUGAAACCACUUGGUGUUUUGCAUGGGGCCCAGGUUUUCUGCUCCCGUCUGUCCCGCCUUGCCCUUUGGCCUGCUUCUCUCCCGUGUCUUCUCUACCUUUUCCUCCUGUUCAUGCCUUGUUUGUUCCUUUCCCUGGGGCACACCUGCCUAAUCAAGACGUUGCCUCUAGUUGAAUAUCACUGACCUUACUGCAUGUUCCCAAGCUGACCUCUGCGGAGCGCUCAGACAGUAUUUAGGGUUUCUGGGGGUACAGUGACCUUCGAUUCAGGUUCCUGGAAAAGCAGCCCAUUCCCCCAACCUCCUGGCCAACUCCUAGCCGUAGGGCUGAGAGGUCUCUCAUGGGAACACGGUCACUGACCCUCACAGAGGGGGGGCUCAAGAUAAACCGAUGCAAUGUUAUUUGGAGAGUGUUUUUCAGUGGCCACCAGUGAGCGUGCAGAAUGGGGGAACCGGAGGCGGCCUGGGAGGGGAUCUGUGGACUUGGCGUCUCCAGCUCACGUGGCUGGUCCAGACCACAGCACCCGUGUGCAGGAGUCAGGAAGACGAGGAGGGAGGGGCUGCAAAGGCAGCCCCUCUGCAUGAGCGCGUUCGCUCACCCCUUCCUUGCCUCCCUGUCCUUUAGGGUGAGGCCUUCAGGAACAGCCUUAGCGCUAGAGGCUGAAGGGAGGUGGACAGGCAGCAGGCUGUCCGCUGGAAGACCCAGUCCUCAGUUGUGGCUCAGUGACCGUGUUUCUCCCCCAUCAGGCCUGCCUUUCUAGGAUGUUGUCUUAGAGCAAGAACAGUCCUAACAGUCCGCCAUAGUAAUGUGAGAGGCUGUUUGUGGAACUCUCCAGGCACCUCCAGAGGCCAAAGGGCACCCAAACAUGCUCAGACCUCUCCCCUAUCCCCCACCCCAUCCCAGUUCUGUCUCUCUCUCACCCAGCACCUGGGGAGAUUGGUGCUACCUAGGAAGAGUGCACACGGAUAAAACACAUGAAGGAGGUGGGGACUUCCUACGCUCCUUGUUUCCCGCUGCUACAAUUGCACUAUUUAUUGCAAUGUAAAAAGUACCCUGAGGGUGGGGAGGAGUGUUUAAUACACAAUGCCAGUGCAUCUUCUUGUUUUGUGUAUUUUUUUCCUGUUUGUGGCAAAAGCCUGAUAAUUCUGUUUCUGGUCACCUGUCCAGUAUUUGUUCUCCCAUCAAGUGUUGCUGUUCUCUCUGUGCAUACUACCUCUCCAGCCGUGAGAGUCUGGUGAAGCACUGCAGCUAUCUCAUUCCUUCCCAGUGACAGUGACAUGAAAUGGCUCUAUAAAUAGCCAUGAAACCUCAGCUGUCCUCUGGAUUUAGGGCGAGAUUCCUGUUCCCUUUUUGUCAUGGACGAGGGGUUGAGAACGAGGGUUAACCUUGGAGAACUUCCUGCCUUCUAUAUGUGUGCAAGGGUUCCUUUAA